AUGUCUGAAGAAGGGGAGAAGCUAGGUCUUAUUGAUGCUAUCGUGCCUUCUCAAGAAUUGCUAAAAGUAUCUCGACAAUGGGCUUUAGACAUCGCAGAGAGGCGCAAACCAUGGCUUCGUUCUCUUCACAGGACAGAUAAAAUUGGCUCCCUGUCUGAAGCACGUGAGGUACUGAAAGCUGCUAGACAACAAGCCAAGAAAAUUGCACCGAAUAUGCCUCAGCAUCAUGCAUGUCUUGAUGUAAUUGAGGAAGGCAUUGUUCAUGGAGGAUAUAAUGGUGUUCUAAAGGAGGCAAAAGUAUUCAAGGAGUUAGUUUUGACAGAAACUGCGAAAGGUCUUGUUCAUGUCUUUUUUGCCCAGCGUAUGACAUCAAAGAUACCUAAUGUCACUGAUGUUGGGCUCAAACCACGGCAUAUAAAGAAAGUUGCUGUUAUUGGUGGUGGUCUAAUGGGUUCUGGCAUAGCUACUGCUCUUAUUGUGGGCAACAUAUACGUUGUUCUUAAAGAAAUCAACUCAGAAUAUCUUCAGAAGGGAACAAAAAUGAUACAAGCAAAUGUUCGAAGCUUAGUAACAAGAGGAAACUUGACACAGGAUGAAGCAGAUAAAGCCCUCUCGAUGCUCAAAGGUGCAUUGGACUACUCAGACUUCAAAGAUGUGGACAUGGUCAUAGAGGCGGUUAUUGAAAGCGUUCCUCUUAAACAAAAAAUUUUUAGUGAGAUCGAAAACGUCUGCCCUCCUGACUGCAUUCUAGCAACAAAUACAUCUACCAUUGAUCUCAACUUAGUUGGAGAAAAGACCAGCUCUCAAGAUCGCAUUAUUGGUGCACACUUUUUCAGUCCUGCUCACAUAAUGCCUCUUCUGGAGAUUGUACGGACUGAGAAGACUUCUGCCCAAGCAAUUCUCGAUCUCAUGACAGUUGGGAAAAUCAUAAAGAAAGUUCCAGUUGUCGUGGGUAACUGCACUGGUUUUGCAGUCAAUCGAGCAUUCUUCCCGUAUACCCAAAGCGCACAGCUUUUGGUUCAUUUAGGUGUGGACUUGUUCAGAAUUGACAGGCUGAUCAGCAGCUUUGGCCUCCCGAUGGGUCCUUUCCAGCUUCAGGAUUUAUCUGGAUAUGGAGUUGCCCUUGCAGUUGGGAAAGAAUUUGCUGAUGCAUUCCCUGAUCGUACAUUCCGGUCUCCAUUAGUUGAUCUUCUAAUAAAAAGCGGAAGAAAUGGUAAAAAUAAUGGAAAAGGAUACUACAUAUAUGAGAAAGGAAGCAAGCCAAGACCUGAUCCAUCAGUGCUACCAAUUAUUGAGGAGUCAAGACGGCUUGCAAAUAUUAUGCCUAAUGGAAAGCCUAUAAAUGUCACUGACAAAGAGAUAGUGGAGAUGGUUCUCUUUCCAGUGGUGAAUGAGGCAUGCCGUGUUCUUGAUGAGGGCAUCGUGGUUCGAGCUUCAGAUCUUGACAUUGCAUCCGUUCUUGGAAUGAGUUUCCCAAAUUAUCGGUGA